AUGAGGUCAAUUGGUCUCCGCCUCCCGCCCAUCCGUCUGCACGCCUCGCCGCCGCACUACCGCUUCCUCACCUCCCAACUUCGGGCAGCAUCCCAGAUCAUCACCGCUCGACCUCAAUCCCCCGCCCUCACCGCGCGCCCAUCACACCCCUACGCCGUGUCCCAUCUCCGCAGGCAGCAGCGGCAGGCGUUCAGCACGUGUACUCCCCAUCGACGACCAGCAGACGACCACGACGUCAACGGCACGAUGGCCGGUGAAGCGGGAUCGGGCGCCUGGGGCGCGUGGCAGGUCCAGCCGUCGCGGUUUACGCAGCGCGUCGUCGACGCCAUGAAGAAGCUGUAUCCCGAGGAGCUCGCGGAUCGCUCGUGGGACAACGUCGGCUUGCUUGUUGGCAAUGCAGAGGGAGCAAACUCGAAGCAAAAGGUCCUCGUGACCAACGACCUCACGUAUCAAGUCGCCAUGGAUGCCAUUGAGCAAGACGUUGCCGUCAUCGUCAGCUAUCACCCCUUCAUCUUCUCUGGCCUCAAGUCCAUCACGAACAAGGACCCGCAGCAGACCACCCUCCUGCGCCUCGUCCAGGCUGGCAUCGCCGUGUACUGCCCUCACACCGCCGUCGACGCGGCACCCAAGGGCCUCAACACGUGGCUCGCCGACAUCGUCUCGGGCCCGCACCAGAGCGAGCGCUCCGUCGCCAUUCCCUGCGCCGCGGCCCCGGAGUCGCACUCGCCGGCGGGCUACGGUGCUAUCGGCCGUUUCGAUCCGCAGAAGCCCGUCCCCUUGACAGAGAUCCUGAAGCGCCUGGCCGAGAAGCUGGGCGGCCUGCGGCACAUCAUGAUCGCGAGCCCCGUCGGCGCGGACGUCAAGACCACCGAAGUGCGCAGCUUUGGCGUGUGCGCAGGCAGCGGGUACGACGUGCUGAAGAACGCCGACGUGGAUCUGCUGGUGACGGGCGAGACGAGCCACCACUCGGCGCUGCGGGCUAUUCAGCAGGGCCGGACGCUGGUGCAGGUGUUCCACAGCAACUCGGAGCGCGGCUACCUCAACGAGGUCCUGCGGCCGCAGCUCGAGGCGGAGCUGCGUGCGACGGUGCCGGAGGCGGAGGUGGUAUUGAGUCAGAACGACGAGGACCCGUUCAGGAUCUUGGAUCUCAACGAGUUGUCGUGA